AUGUCCGCUAUUACCACGGAACGAGCGCAGAAGGCAUUGUAUGAUGCCCUAACAAGUUCUAAAUCGACGUCAGCUAGAAUGCUCAAAAAUGUGGACCAGGCCGGGAACUUAAUCUCCAAGACCACCCAAGAAGUUGGAUCAGCGUGCACAUUAUACGAUGACAAUGCUGCAGUCAUCCAGCAGUCCUCAGCUGACCAGAUGGUUGCGGACCUCCUGAAGAAGAAUAUGGAUGACUUUUUUGGAGAGGCAAAGAAGGUGAUGGAUGCCUUGGAUACUCUGCAACAGAUCCAUCCCUUUGUUAGUGUGGCUAUAAUCGCUUUCAAGGCUGUCGUGAAUUUUGAAAUAAGACUUAAGGACACUAGAGACCCGGACAUCAUGGGACCUUGUGGCACUAUUCGGGGCCGACUGGAUGGUGUCUUGGAUAAAAUGAAGCGCAAUGUCGAGGAUUGCGGAAAUGCCAUCGACAAAUACUACAAGUCGAAAUUUGAACUUUGGGAUGCCUUGGCCAUUAGGACGGCAUUGGGAGUCGACACUGCGAUCAAAAAGCUGGAGGAUCUCACCAAGACGCUAGGUUUCGAAAGCGAAGACAAAUUAACAGAGCUAGUGAAAUUCGCCAAGCAACAGGAAGCACAGAUUCAAGCACGCUCUGAUGCCCCAUCCAAAGAUGUCAGCAAGCCUGCUUCACAAACCCCAUCGGCGAACGGAUCGGUUGCGGAGCAGUACCGCCUUGAUGCCUCGCUGCUUCACGAAUUGCGCACUCCUGUAGUCAGCUUACUCGACAAGAAUUGUGCGCUCUUCAUGUUCAAGCUCGAUAAACAGACAGCCGAGAUCAAAGAUGCCAUCAAGGAUUCUGAAACGCGCAUUAUGUUGGCUCUCGGUGACAAAUUUAAACGGGCCAAGGAUCCAGUAAGGAUUAAGAAACUCGAUUCUAUGCAUCACUAA